GACCUCACAAGCAUUGACCUUGGCCUUCGGGAACCGGUAAACUUAUAGUGGUAUCGAAACAGAUUUUAAUUGUGCAUUGAUAAAACACGUCUUAUUCAUCAGAGGAAGGAGUUGCAUGUGAAAAAGACCAUGGCUCUUAACAAACUGAGCAUUGACAAGAUUGAUCUUAACGGUAAACGUGUAUUAAUAAGGGUAGACUUCAAUGUACCGUUAAAAGAUGGAAAAAUCACUAAUAAUCAAAGAAUAGUUGCUGCACUGCCAACCAUUAGAUAUGCCCUGGAUAAUGGUGCCAAGAGUGUUGUUUUAAUGAGCCAUCUCGGACGACCAGAUGGAAAUAGUAAUCCUAAAUACUCACUGGCUCCUGUUGGUAUCGAUCUUGAAAAAGAGUUAGGGAGGCCUGUCAAGUUUUUAAAGGACUGUGUUGGUGCAGAGGUUGAGAGGGAAUGUGCCAAUCCCGCUAAUGGUUCUGUUAUUCUUCUUGAAAAUCUAAGAUUCCAUGUUGAAGAAGAAGGGAAAGGUGUAGAUAGCGAUGGUAAAAAGGUAAAGGCAUCUGAAGAAAGUAUAAACACAUUCAGAGCUUCCCUUUCUAAAUUAGGAGAUGUGUAUGUAAAUGAUGCUUUUGGGACAGCACAUAGAGCACAUAGUUCCAUGGUUGGAUGUAAACUUGCUCAAAAAGCUUCUGGGUUUUUACUAAAGAAAGAAUUAGAAUACUUUGCCAAGGCCUUGGAAAAUCCUGCCAGACCAUUUUUAGCAAUAUUAGGCGGAGCUAAAGUAGCAGACAAGAUCCAGUUGAUCGAAAAUUUAUUGGAUAAAGUAAAUGAAAUGAUAAUUGGAGGAGGAAUGGCUUUCACAUUCCUUAAGGUUAUAGAAAAUAUGGAAAUAGGAAACUCACUUUAUGAUGCAGAAGGAGCUAGCAUUGUUAAUAAAUUAAUAGAGAAGGCAACUAAAAACAAUGUCAAGAUCCACCUUCCAUGUGAUUUUGUCACUGGUGACAAGUUUUCAGAUGAUGCCGUCAUUACUAAUUCUACAGUUUCUUCAGGAAUUCCAGCAGGAUGCAUGGGUUUGGAUAUUGGCGUGGAAUCAACACAGAAGUUUUGUAAUGUGAUCUGUCAGGCGAAGACUAUUGUAUGGAAUGGUCCACCAGGAGUAUUUGAAUUGUCUAACUUUUCAAAAGGAACACAAGGUCUAAUGAAUGCUGUUGUUAAAGCAACAGAACAGGGAGCAACAACUAUCAUAGGUGGAGGAGAUACAGCUACUUGUGCAGCUAAAUAUGGAACCGAAACAAAAGUCAGCCAUGUCAGUACAGGAGGUGGAGCAAGUUUGGAACUUCUAGAAGGAAAGACACUUCCAGGAGUAGCAGCACUAUCUGAUGCAGUUUAAGUAAUGUUAUGUUGCUUCAGGUGUGAACUGAAACAAUAAAUCAGCUUAUUUUAUCAAGCCCAUCGCCAAUGUGUAGAUAAAUAAAAACAGAGAUGCAGUGGAGGUGUUGCUAUAUAUUUGUGUGGAUUAUGCUUAUUGUAUGAUAUAGAUUAUUAGUGGUGCAGAUUAUUGAAAUAAUCUUUCACUUGGUGAUACAAUCACCAUAUUUGGCACAUUCAAAGCCGUUUCAAGCGUUGUUUGAACUGUAUUUUGAUUGAAUAUUCCUAUUUUGAUGGUCUUUACAUCGAAAUAUAUGUUUUUGAGUGAGAUAUCCAAUUCUGCAUUUAGAAAAUAAAAAUUUCAAGCAUCUGGUGCUCUACACCUAGCCCGAUCGUUCAUCCAGUGCAAUUUAAGUCACAUGCAAUCUGUACACCGACCAGGUAACUGAAGCCCUGUUACCCUUGGCUCUCCGGUGCUGGCACAUCCUGUCAAUUCAGGUGGAGCUACCUAACUACAACUAAUUAAACUUCUAGUAAUGAUAUAUACAGGGGCUUAUUAGAUAGCAUUUGGGACACUAAAGUACUGGUAUAUGAUUACAACAGUUAAUAAACUACAACUACAGGUAUUACACUACACCCCGACACUGAGCCCCAUGCUGAGUCUCACAGCAGUGAUGUCACCAGUGUGCCCUGGUUUUGCUUUGACAUCACUCAUAUAAGAUCAACAAACCAAUAGAGCCUGACCACAGCAUUUCAAUAAAUGAUCAUGGAUGUUGCCCUUCAACUUAAUGCAAUAUCUGUGAUGAGACGGCUUCCGGUAACGCUAAUUUUGAGUCAGGUAAUAGCCGCCAUGAUGAAACGGGUGGCCAGAUUGGAAUUCAGUUGAUCAUUAACACAUUUCUGUUCAUUCAUUCAUUUCUUACAUUUCUUAAAAAGUACACCCUGAACACCAUUUGUGCCAAAUUUGGGGCUUGCAUCACAAAGUGAAAGAUUCGUAUGGAAUGUUGUCUUAAUCUGCCCCACUAUAUGUAUACAUAGCAGCCGUAAUUUGGUCAAAAUAACAAACAUUUUGGUCACAACGGCAAAUUAGAUAUUUCUUAUUUAUUAAAAAUUCAAUUAUUGUCUCCAAAUAGCUUGGACACUCUUAACUUCAACAUCAAGCAUAAACUUCAUCAAAGGCCCUCAAUGUGGUAGAGUCAAAUAUCCUUCAGCUUAUUUGACAUUUGGCUGUUCUGGUAACACAUAUUCACUUUCAUCUACUUUGAUGACAUCCCCCCUCCCUUCCUGAACAUUAAUGCAACGACCAGAUUUUACCCAAGCUGCGUAUAGAGGUCCUUUUAGGACCGGCUGACCAUUUCUUGAGCUUGGAUAAAAAAGAAAAAUAGCUAAUGGUUAAAACAAUUAGAUGUCUUUUACCUUUGACUUCAAAAUAAAAAUAAUUGUGAUGUAAUCAGUACUGUAAUAGAAAAGUGUGAUUCCAGGUUGGCAAUAAACAUUUCAAUUGAUUAUGAUAAGAUGGUACCUUGGUCAAAAUGAUUAAGUCAAUUGUUAUUUUUAUCAGAUUAUUAAGAAUUAAGAGUCAUAAUCUUUGAAGUGGCAAUUUGUAUGGGAAACAAUCGCUGUUUUUAUUAUAUAAUAACCACCUCAAUUGUUAUUUGUAUCAAAGAAAAGGCAAUGGUUUGUAAAAUAUAUCAAAAGAUUGCUAUUUUGACCAGAGUGAAUUUUGUCCGUUUUGGUUUAUGGCUGUUAUGACAUCCUGUAUAAAACACACACUGUUAACAGUUCAGACCCUCUGUAUUUGGCCCUGCUGUAUUCGUAUUAAUAAAAUAGAAUAAAACUACCAAAUUUAUGUUAAAUCUUUCAAAUUAUACAUUUUAAACGUCAUUGCCAAAUUUAGCGCCCGUUAACUAUAGUAAACCUAUGCUAAUAAAAAUAUGUAUAGCUCCUCAA